UAACUUCUUAUUAAUCAAAAAUAAAUUAAAAAAAAAAAAAAUGGAUCAAGAAGAGUCGUCCAUUUACUAUUUAGCAGACUCCGAUUUAGACCUCAGCUUCACCUCCGCCACCACCGACCGCUCUCUCUCCGGCCGCACCAGUUUAUCCCGGAGCAGCCUCACCCUCAGUUUCAACGAGUCCCGCCUCUCCACCGCCUCCCCCUCCGCCGCCGUCUACAACGUCCACCACCGCCCCCACCGCCGCCACGACAACCCCAACUGGGCCGCGGUGGACGCCGCCACCACGCUCUCCUCCGACGGCGCACUCCACCUCCGCCACCUGAAGCUCCUCCGCCUCGUCGGCUCCGGCAACCACGGCCGCGUCUUCCUCUGCCGCCUCCGCGACUACGACCACGCCGACUUCGCGCUCAAAGUCGUCGACCGCGAUUCGUUGACCACCAAGAAGCUCUCGCACGUGCAGACGGAGGCGGAGAUUCUCUCCGCCCUCGACCACCCCUUUCUGCCGACGCUCUACGCCCACAUAGAGGUGUCCCACUACACGUGUCUUCUCAUGGAUUACUGCCCCAACGGCGACUUACAUUCCUUGCUCCGCAAGCAACCCCACCACCGGCUACCGGUUCAGGCGGUCAGAUUCUUCGCCGCGGAAGUACUCCUAGCGCUCGAGUACCUCCACGCGCGGGGGGUCGUGUACCGUGAUCUGAAGCCGGAGAACAUUCUCAUCCGCGAAGACGGCCACAUCAUGCUGUCGGAUUUCGAUCUGUGUUUCAGCUCCGACGUUUCACCCAGAUUGGAGAACAACCGGACCCAGAUCAAGGCGGGCUCCGGCGGCCGGAGAACGAAGGAGCGCGUGACGACGGAGUUCGUGGCGGAGCCGACGGCGGCGUUCUCGAGAUCGUGCGUCGGCACGCACGAGUACUUGGCGCCGGAGCUCGUCGGCGGCAACGGCCACGGCAACGGGGUUGACUGGUGGGCGUUCGGUGUGUUGAUCUACGAGCUUCUGUCCGGCACCACGCCGUUUAAAGGCCGGAGCAAAGAGUCCACCCUGAGGAAUAUAGCUUCCACCAGAGGAGUGAAGUUUCACGCCGCCGCGGCGGCGGCGGCGGAGGAGCAGGGUAUGGCGGAGGCCAGAGAUUUGAUAGAAAAAUUACUGGUGAAGGACCCACGGCGGAGGCUGGGUUGCGCCAGAGGCGCGACGGAUAUCAAGCGCCACCCGUUCUUUAACGGGAUAAAGUGGCCGUUGAUCCGGACUUACCGGCCGCCGGAGGUUCGUGGGCUGGCGGUUAAAAGGAGUAGUAAGAGCAAGACGGCGCACGUGACCGGGGUUUCGUCGCCCAGGCGGCGGCGGUGCUUGUGGAAGAAGCUCCGUCAUCAUUUGAUCAUGAGGCUGAAGGGGUCUAAGUACAGUUUGAAUUCAAAUUACAAUUAUUAUUCUUACAAUAUUAAGGAAUCUGUUUGAGGUUUUCUUGUUUGGAUUAUGCUUAGAUUGUAAAACAUUGUGCAAAUUUAGGGUGGCCGGAGAAUUAUAUGUAGAUCAAUUUUGGUGGAUAAAAUUUAUACAGUUUGAGAGAGAUAGUAGUACUGCUGUAAAUUAAAUUACAGAAACAUAAAUCUAAAUUGAAGCGUUUCAGAUUUAUACAUUUUAU